CGACGUCGCCAUGACCGCCGCCACACGGCUGUCCUCGACGCGCGUCACGGGAGGCGAGGCCAGCCCGCCCACUUGCCGACCUCGCCCCCUCGCUGUCUCUUCCGCGGAGACCUGGCCACUCUCUCCUUCCGUACCGCCGCGGAGAAGGAGGGUGUCCGCUGCUUUCGCCAGCCGAGCCGCGAAGGAAGCGUGGGUGAGGCGCCAUGGUGGCUCCCAGCAGCAGCAGCAGCAGCAGCAGCCGCCGGUCAGAUAACGGCUACGGCCCCAGCGGCCCGCAGCAGGCGGGCUCCCGCCGCCGGAAAGGCCCGGGUGCCCUGGCCACGGCCUACCUCGUGAUUUACAACGUGGUUAUGACAGCCGGGUGGCUUGUUAUAGCAGUUGGUUUAGUCAGAGCAUACCUUGCCAAAGGUAGCUAUCACAACCUUUAUUACUCAAUAGAAAAGCCUUUGAAGUUCUUCCAAACUGGAGCAUUGCUUGAGAUUGGGCACUGUGCAAUAGGAAUUGUUCCCUCUUCUGUUGUCCUGACUGCUUUCCAGGUGAUGUCAAGAGUUUUUCUCACAUGGGCCGUAACCCACAGUGUAAAAGAGGUACAAAGUGAAGAUAGUGUCCUCCUCUUUGUUGUUGCCUGGACAAUCACUGAGAUCAUUCGCUAUUCCUUUUAUACCUUCAGCUUGUUAAACCACCUCCCUUACCUCAUUAAAUGGGCCAGGUAUACUUUGUUCAUCAUACUGUAUCCAAUGGGAGUUUCAGGAGAAUUGCUCACAAUAUAUGCUGCUCUGCCCUUUGUCAGGAGAUCUGGUUUAUAUUCCAUUAGUUUGCCCAACAAAUACAAUUUCUCAUUUGACUACUAUACAUUCCUGAUCCUGACUAUGAUCUCUUAUAUUCCUAUCUUCCCACAGCUGUAUUUUCACAUGCUACAUCAGAGAAGAAAAAUACUUUCCUCUACUGGAGAACACAAGAAAUCUGAGUAACUCCAGUUUUUGUUCAAGGCUAUGCACAGACCUCCAAAAGAAAACAAGCAGUCUUGCAGGAGUUAAUAAUACAAAGUAUUAAAAUGAGAAGUAAAAAUAAAAGGUUUGGUGAAUUAAGGAUAACUUACAGCACUGAUAAUCUCUCCCCCUCCCCCCACCCCACAUUCAACAAAAUCAUCACCCUGUGAAACUACAUUUUCUGCAUGUCCAGCUAUGGUGACUCUCAGAUGUCUUUUUUUUUUUAUCAUUCUUUCAUUUUACUUUAAUUUAUUAGUUAAAACCUUCCAUUAUAACAUGCUUAUAUGGAUGGUAUGAGUGAUAAAAGUAAAUGCAGUUCUUGAAUUAGGAUUAUUUUAUUACUUUAAAAAGCUUGUUUGCAUGUCAGGUGUUUAUAUGCACUGCUGUAACAAUAUUAUCUGGAAUGCGUUAAUAGUUUGUUGAGAAAUGUCAUGGGCAGACUACUGAAGUCCCACAAAAGACUUUGCUGACUCUGGGUCUGAAUGAGGUGAUAUUCCUUGGAAUUCAGGGCACAAUCUACAGAGAUGCUUUACAGUGAUUUCAGCAUUAACUGGUUGCAUAGUCUGCACAAGUGAAUUUUAUUUUUUGCAGAGUGGGGGCCUUAAAACUGUGCAACAUUGCACAAGAGCGUGUUCUAAAGGUGCAACUUAAUCUUAUUACCUCAAACUUAGAUGCUCUAUUGCUGUUCUUGAAUGCUCUUCUUACUUGUUUUCCCUUAAGUAGAGGCCCAUUUUUAUUGAAAUCAACACAAAAUAACUAAUUUGUAACUGAUGUUAAUAAACACUUGGGGACUUUUUAUGGCUUUGAA